AUGGUGACCCGUAUCAAGAAGCCAUCCAGCACAAUACCCCCUGCAGGGAUGACAACGAACGUUACAGUAUCCCACCUGUCGAGGGGUCCUUCCUUCGACUGCACAGACGAUAAUUCGGCCUCAAGCAUCAGCAUAUCAGACGACCAGCCGCAAGAAAUCCCAGCGGAUAUGGACCGUAUAAUUGAUGAGCUGCUCGUCCUCACCCACCACCCCGACGAGCAUCCCCACGAGAAAGCAGCGCUGUAUCAGCAGCUCGAAGAGGAUCCCCACCGGCUAGGCCCCUGGAAGGUCUCCAGCCAGGUUCUGGCAGUUGCGUAUGCCGGACGCAGUCACCUGAACUGGGCUGCCUUUCCGAACCUCACCCCCAGCGUGAUCGUUGUGGCCCUUGCAUCGGAUGAGCUUCGGGGCGCGUCUGCGCUGAGCCUGGGCGCGGAUCAGUUUGGGCUAGAGACGGGGGGAGACCUUAACGAGCUUACGGCGGCUAUGGCAAAGUGCGCGGGCCUACGGCAGGUGUGCCUGUUCCAGGGGGUGAACCGACAGAGCGAUGAUUCGUCCGCUGGUUGCUACUCAGAGCUGCUGCUUCUUUGGCAGCGGGACGGGGUAGAAGAACGAGGGACCAUCCAUGCAAUAUGUGCCUUCUCCACAUCGCUGCGUAGCAGCGAAUGCCUCCUGUGGUCGUCAACCAUCACUCACGGUCUGAGCCUGCCGCACGCCCCCAUCCUUCCUAUGAUGCAUAUAGUCCUGUUCGGGCACUACCAGGACGGAGAAGACCCAGUCGUACCUACAGACAACGUCCAGACGUACCAACACUACGCCAUGACCAAUACCCGAUUAGACGGGGAGAGCUUCGCCGUCCGCUUCCUGGCCUAUCUGUCAGCCCUAAGCUCGGGUUCGGAAUCCGAGAAAGCCCUUCUGUAA